CAACAACAACGAAGCUGACCAGAUUCGCAUAUCUGGCGGAAUCCUGGGCUCUUGCGGCCUCCCAAAGGCGUCCGCCAAUCAUCGUCCUCCUCCUCGUCUCUUCUUCGCUUCCAUCACCAUCAGCGAAACCAAAAAAGAACAAAAAAAAACAGAAAAGGAGGGAGGAACCCGUCGAGGUCAACGAAACUGCCCUGCACCCCUCCCAUUCACUGGCUUCCACUCAUCUCACACUUAUAUCACGACCCAUCAUCCUCUCGACUCUCUCUGCCCCUCUCUCCUCUCUCUCUCUCUCUCUGUAGCUAAAGCUUGAACCCUUUCGAUACGACAAUGGCGUUGAAAGUCCUCUCCGCGCUCGACGCCGCGAGGACCCAGUACUACCACUUCAAGGCCAUCAUCAUCGCCGGCAUGGGCCUCUUCACCGACGCCUACGACCUCUUCUGCAUCCCGCCCAUCAUGGGCCUCAUCGACCGCAUCUACUACCCCAAGGACGACCCCGACGAAAUCCAGACCCCGGCCGCGGUGACCUCCACCAUGGUGGCCAUCGCCCUUCUCGGCACCGUGAUCGGCCAGCUUGUGUUCGGCCGCCUCGGAGACCGGAUCGGCCGGCGUCGCGUGUACGGCCUCGCCCUGGUCCUCAUGGUGGUGGGGUCCGUCGGGUGCGGGUUCUCCAUAUGCACCACGCGCAAUUGCGUGCUGGGAAGCCUCGGGUUCUUCCGCUUUGUGCUCGGAGUGGGGAUCGGCGGGGACUACCCUCUCUCGGCCACCAUCAUGUCCGAGUUCGCGAACAAGCGGACGCGCGGCGCGUUCAUCGCGGCGGUGUUCUCGAUGCAGGGGCUUGGCAUCCUAGCGAGCUCGCUGGUGACGAUGGUGGUGUGCAAGGCGUUCGAACGGGCAUCGGGCCACCUGUCGCCCGAUGACCCGACGCCUCGAGAGGCCGACAUCGCGUGGCGAGUGAUACUGAUGCUCGGCGCUGUCCCGGCAGCGCUGACGUUUUACUGGCGGAUAAUGAUGCCCGAAACUGCCAGAUACACGGCUCUCGUAGAACAAAAUGUGCUCCAAGCAGCCAAGGACAUGGAGAAAGUGAUGGACGUGUCGCUCAGCCAAAUCACGGAGGAUCAACCCCUCCCCUCGACCCCGCCGCCCUCCUACCCGCUCUUCUCGAGGAAGUUCCUCCGCCGCCACGGCCGCGACCUCUUCUCGUGUGCAUGCGCAUGGUUCCUCGUGGACGUCGUCUUCUACAGCAGCAAUCUCUUUCAAUCCCAGAUCUACAACCAGUUCCUCAAGAAUCAGAAGCGCAACGCCUAUGAUGCCGCAUUCAACGUCGCAAAGCUCCAGGCCAUCGUCGCCGCCUGCUCAACGAUCCCGGGCUAUUGGGCUACUGUGUACUUCAUCGACCGGAUUGGGCGGGUGAAGCUCCAAAUGAUGGGGUUCCUUUGCAUGGCCCUAGUCUACGUCGCCAUUGGCAUCCCCUACUAUGAUUAUUGGAGCAAGCACACCAACAUGGGCUUCAUGAUCUUGUAUGGGCUCACCUUCUUCUUUGCCAAUUUCGGGCCCAACACGACCACGUUCAUCGUGCCGGCUGAGCUCUUCCCCGCGAGGUUCCGAUCCACGUGCCACGGAAUAUCGGGGGCUGCCGGGAAGGUCGGGGCGAUUAUCGGGUCGAUUGGGUUUCUGUGGGCGUCGCACAAUAAAAAGGUGGAUGGGUAUCCGAAGGCGAUCGGGAUGACGGCAUCGCUGAUAAUUUUGGGUGGGGUUUGUAUAGUGGGGACGGUGGUGACCUACUUGUUCACUAGAGAAACCGCAGGGAGAUCAUUGGAAGAGAAUGAGAAGGACGAGGAUGGUACGGAGAUGGGUAUAUUGAGAUGUUUCGGAGAUAAUGGUCUUAGGUCGCGUUUGAAUUCUAGUGAUGGACUUGAUGCUGCAUGAAAGUCAAUCUCUCUCUCUCUCUCUCUCUCUCUCUCUCUCUCUCUCUAAGAAGCAUGGGAUCAAAUCCAACACGCACGCACGCACGGCAUCAUAUAUCGUUCAAAAUCUAUACUCUUGUGUCUUGUAUCGUCUCUUAUGUACAUAUUAAUUAGGUCAGAAAAAGUUCCAGUGUCAUGUGUUUAUUUGGUGUGCUAACAGUCGAAAUGUAAAUUUUGUACCCUCUCUUUCUCGUUAUUUUCAGUUGUAUUCAAAGACAGAUCGACCUUAUUGUAGUUGUAGAGUGAGCACUCACACGGUAAAAGGAAGAUUUCGUCAAUGAGCUAAAUACUCUCCAUUAGUUUCUUCUU